UAGAUAGAUAGAAUAACGUUUCCGCGUUGGCUUGUUUAGCGGUCUUUCGUUGAAUUUAGCAUAAAGCGAGCACAUGGUCGCGAUGACAGAGACCCUAGCGGAGCACGGCUGAACUAAGGGGCGCGAAUCUGGCUUUUCCUCAGAGCGUGACAGACUAGGACCGGAGUGAGUCACCUACUGUAGAGUGCCCCGUAUCCAGGGAGCUUCUACAAUAACAAAUCGCGGUUAGAGGAAAUGGGGUUUCUAUCUGCCCGCUGUACAACUGAAAAUUAGUAUGCUUCGUCAAUCAAUUUGGAAGUGAUCAGUUAUCAUGUGAACAUUACUUGGAAUACUGCUAUUUGCUUGCUUAUAAAUGAGAUUAGUUAAUGUGAACUUCUCUGAACAGACAACUAACGUGACUUAAUGUGCAGUGACCACUGAUACAGCAGAGAAGUUUUUUAAAUUGUUUAAUAUUGACAGAAGCGUGGAUGUAGCGCGGAUAAAGUCAACAAGUAAGUGCGAUGAGUGGGUGACGACUGUCAAGCAAACGCAAGGAUAUACCCUACACACUGACACAACAUAAUGGAUUACAAGAAGUUUCAAGCUGUAGCGGCCUUUGUCAUGGGAUUCAUCUCUAUGAUGUCACGUGUCAUCUUAACUGCAGAACCUCGGAUAGUGGAGGGUCCACGCAACACGACGGCUCUCCAAGGUCAUCGAGUGUGGCUUCACUGUGUAGUUUCAACAGUUUCCGCGGCAACAACGGCAUCACUCCCGUUGACAUCACCAUUACCAAUACUCACCUCGACGAUUUCACCGGCAGCUGUAACAAAUUCCGUGACGUAUGUGACCACCACGCCAGCCAAGCUGAACAACACUGUUCGAACUCCCGUAUUAUCGAGUACCACACCAAUAAACUCUAGCAUAUCUGCGCACCCCAUUGAUGCCUCCAGACAUGCUCCAACAUUUGAUCCCCCUGAGCGUGAGGAGACUCGCGUCACAUGGCAACGCGAUGGCCGAAGUCUUCAUACGACGAUUGAGGGUAGCGCGUGGACAGUUUUAGCUAACGGGAGUUUACGUCUCAAUUCGGUAGACCACGUCGAUGCCGGGCCGUAUCGUUGCAUCGCAAGGAAUAGAAAUGGAGUAGCUUUUAGCCAGCCAGCGUAUCUGGCCGUUCACAUGCCUGCAAAAAUCAGCGGUGGCCGGCGUUGGUUCAAUGUUACGUACGGCCAGAAACUUCUUCUCGAAUGUCAGGCACGAGGUGAGCCUGCGCCACAGAUUAUCUGGCUCUAUCACGGCGAACCGCUGAAGAAUAUCAAGCCAUCGCUUUCGCACUCAUAUCUCUCCAUAAACGCUACCCAAGAUGCGCAGUACGCCUGCGAAGCGUCAAAUCGAAUCGGACCCAACCAUACGUUAGUUUCGCAACGUAAAAUUUAUCACAUCUUCGUGCCCGCUACUACGAGACCGACUACCACCACAGAGGGUCCGGAUAUGGUGCGUCACCAAAAAGGCAUACUCGUUUACGACGGAGAAUCGCAUAGGAGAAAGCAUGGCGGUGGUACAUCAGACAUUCCUGAGGGCUUUUGCUCAGCUUACGCUGGAAACAUCUGCUCAAAGCAUCUUGGAAAAUCCGGCCAUAUUGUAUAUUACAAUAUUUCUGCGGACCCGUCCACCGUGAUGAUUAACGAACAGAUUACUGCUGCCCUUUGGGAAGAACUUAUACAGCCGAUGCAAGAACCGUGCCGAAGUGCGGCCGAAGUUCUUCUGUGCCAUUACGCGUUCCCAAAGUGCGAAUGGAGAGAGAGGAUAGCUAUUGCCAAACCCCUUUGCAGGGAAGACUGCAUUGCCGUUCGUGAGUCAUUUUGCUACAAUGAGUGGGCCAUGGUAGAGGAUAACAAACAGCGUGGCAUCUACGUCAGUCCACGAGGACACUUUCGCCUACCACACUGCGAAAAUCUUCCAUCAGUGCAUGAAAAAUCGUGGGCUUGCUCGCACGCGCACAUCACAGACUUCCGUCAUGAAGAAGUCACAACUACGUGUGUUCGUGGCCGAGGUCGUUUCUAUCAGGGCCGGGUGAACACUACGAAGUCAGGUAUACCCUGUCAGCCUUGGGACGCCCAGGAGCCACAUUCUCAUAAUCGGCCACCAAACGUAUUUCCUGAAAUCCAUGAUGCGGACAACUACUGUCGAAAUGCUGGAGGCGAAGAACCUUCACCUUGGUGCUAUACAACCGACCCGCGCCGUCGAUGGGAACACUGUGACAUCCCCCAAUGCGAAAAUGUGACAUCAAUCGUAUCAACGCCAACUCCAUCUCGGGGGGAUACGGCUGUUCUGCUUCUCCCGGGAGGACAACCUCUGGAAUUGACUCCAGCUUUAUUCGCCACGGCUGUCACAGUGGGUUGCGGCGUACUUCUUCUGCUUUUUCUGCUGUGUCUUCUUUGUAAAAAGAUCGCUUUCUCGAAAUCCCGUCCCGUUGGAUCAUCCAUUCAUAAUACAACUGUAUACGCAGCGCCUAACGGUAAUCAUACAGGCGUGUGCACGAUGGUGGAUAUCGAUCUGACAAAGCUACCUUCGAACCUUACCUAUCACCAGACCGAAGCCAAACUUAAUCCAAAACUCGAGAAAUUAGAGUAUCCACGUAACGACAUCGUCUAUAUUCGAGACCUUGGACAGGGUGCUUUUGGCCGUGUCUUCCAAGCUAAGGCACCGAACGUUGUCAAAAAUGAAGAUGUCACUAUAGUGGCUGUCAAAAUGUUGAAGGACAAUGCAUCCGACGAUCUUCUACAGGAUUUCGAACGGGAAGCAUGCCUUAUGUCUGAGUUCGAGCAUCCGAAUAUCGUUAAACUGCUCGGCGUUUGCUGUAUUGGAAGCCCGAUGUGUCUUAUAUUCGAGUAUAUGGACCGCGGUGACCUUAAAGAAUUCCUUAGGUCGUGUUCACCGUCGAACUAUAUCGUGCGGUCAGGUUCAACGAACGUGUUCACCGAUUCUAGGCUCAAUACAUUAGACCAGCUAGAUCUUGCAGCGCAGAUUGCAUCCGGCAUGGUAUACCUGUCCGAGAUGAAGUUCGUGCACCGGGAUCUCGCCACACGUAACUGUCUUAUCUCUGAAGAUAUGACUGUUAAGAUCUCUGACUUCGGCCUUUCGCAAAAAAUUUACACUGCCAAUUACUACAAAGGGAGUGAGCAUGACGCUGUUCCCAUUAGAUGGAUGCCUCUUGAAGCCAUUCUGUACAAUCGCUUUACCGUCGAAAGUGACAUUUGGGCAUUCGGUGUCGUCCUUUGGGAGAUCUUUUCAUUCGGCCUCCAGCCUUACUUCGGUAAAACACACGAAGAGGUCGUCCGGCAUAUCAAGGAAGGCAACAUCCUGUCGAGUCCAGACAACACUCCAGCGUCAGUGUAUGCCCUCAUGAAGGCCUGCUGGAGUCCGAAGCCUAAUAACCGGCCAAGUUUCAAAGCUUUACUAAAUUCGCUCCAUACUGUACGGGAGGAUUUCAUCAAAAAACAAGGACAACCUCAUGUCGUGAUGUGAAACGUUCAAGUUCAAUUUUGAUCAAAAGCAUUGGUAGAUGUUAUCCUCUAGACAAAACAGAUCCGUCAUACGCACACCGAUAACACAUAGGCAGGCUCAUAUAGCGACAUACCUACAAGACACCAUCAAACCCAUAUAAUAGAAAACCAUCCUAUUACUUAACUAUUAUAUAAUAAGGUGGAUGCUUUUUGCAGCAAAACGACCUCGUUGAAUGGCAGUUACUGACCGCUUAACACGUUGUUCCGUUGUGGCCCAGUUCUGGCUAGCCUCCAAGGCGUUUAUUGAUCUCCGUAAGAUCUAAAAUGCAGCACAUUGAAAGCUUCUACGUUUCUACCUUUUGUGACCUCUAGCCUUUGGCUAGUAGAUGCAUCUUGUAAUCGAGCGUUAUAUGUUUGGUCUUGUUUUAAGAGAUAAAAUUGGAUGGCAAGCUAGAAAUAUACAGUAGCUUUCUGUUUAUGUAUUUUUGUUACUCAA